AUGGAUUAUAUAGAUUAUACAGAGAUAAGAUUUUCAUUUAUUGGAGUACGAAAGCAUUUUUUCUCAGAUAAAUAAUAUUAUGUUUCUGUUUUUGAUGAUUGCUUUAUAAUGGGAACAGUAAUUCUAUAAUAUUAAACCUUAGACAUCCAAUACAUAACAGCCAAAGUACACAAUUAAGUUUGGUUUCGCUACAAAAAUUAGAUGGAACAUUAAAAAAACUAAAUAAGGUCUUAUAAUAGAUUCGUUUAGUUUUCCUUAUAAGUAAGAAAUGAAAGCACUAAGUGCAAAUCAUGAUAAUUUGAUUAAGUAUAUAGUAAUUCAAAAAUCACUUAGAUUCAAAGAAAUGAUAAGCUUAAAAGUGACUUUUGAUAAUAUUAAUGAUUUGUAUUAACCACUUUCCUAAAUUGGAAAAGGAAUUUCAGCCAAAGUUUAUAGUGCUACAUAUAAACUUGACUAAAAAAUUUAUGCAAUAAAAGCAAUCGAAAAAGCAUUUUUGAAAUAAUAAAAUGAGUCUGGCUAAGUAUGAUUUAAAAAACUAUACUUUUAUUAGGCAGCCUUUAAAAUGGAGGUUUCUGUUUUAAAAACGUUAGCUAAAUACCCAGAAAAUUUUUUAACACUGAAAGAAAUUUAUGAAGGUGAUUAAGUCCAUUGCUUAGUCACUUCUUAUUUAGAAGGAUCAAGUUUAACUUAAGAAUUCGAUCGUUUAAAAGUAAUAAAAACAAUCUAAAAAUAGGCAGCAGAUAUAUAUAGAUUUCCUAUUCAUUAAGCAAAAAUUAUAAUGAAAAAAUUGCUAACUAAUUUAGCAGUAUUGCAUUAAAAUAAAGUAUAUUUCUUUUUUUUAUAUCAGAUAAUACAUAGGGAUUUGAAGCCUGAUAAUUUAAUGUUCUCCAAAAAAAAUGACUAUUCGACAUUAGUCUUAGUAGAUUUUGGACUAGCAACUUCUGAAUCAAUGGAAAAGUAAUAUUAAAUAAAUAUAAUUAAUUAAAAGGUUUUUAUUUCCCAAAUGUGGUACUCCUGGUUAUGUUGCACCUGAAAUUUUAGCUUUGAAACCAUAUAAUAAAUAUACAACAAAAGUUGAUAUAUUUAGUUGUGGAUGUAUUUUUUAUAAAUUACUUACUGGGAAAAAUUUAUUUGGAGGAAUCUCUUUCGAUGAGGCACUCAAAUAAAAUAGAAUGUGUUAAAUAGAAUUUAAUAUACCAAUCGAUUAACAUUAUAUAACAGAACAAUCUAUUGUAAUAUUAUUAAUUUAUAAUUAGAAUUUAUUAUAAUAAAUGUUGAUGAAAAAUCCUAAAUAUAGGAUAAGUGCCAAAGAUGCUUUAUCUCAUCCUUUCUUUGAUUAAAAUUUUGAUUAAAAUAUCUUUUAAUAAGUCCUAAUGUUUUCUCCUAAAAGAUCAAGCAAAACAUUUUUAAAUGUCAAACAAGAAGAGUAAUAAUCUGAUAUGGAUAGUUAUUAAGAGGAUAAAAUAAGUAAUGAAAAAUAAGUAGAAGAAUCAAAUUUUAUUUAAUUACCAAAGAGUAAGAGAUGUUCUUUAAUGGGGGAUUUCUCUUAAUUAUCUUAAUCUCCUUCAAAAUUAUUACUUGAUAUUCAUUAAUUUUACUAAAAAGAUCCACUAUCUGGGAUUAGGUGUAUAAAGGUCACUUAAAGCCCUUAAGUAUCUUAAGUAUUAGAAUGA